AUGUCCCGUGUCCCAAGUACUGGGCCAAACAGGGAUGGACGGGACAAUGACCCAAUCCACGAGGUUGUUUCUCUCUUAUUUCCAACACAAAUGAUUAAUCAUACUGGGAGUUUUUGUCGGACAGAUAGCGUGGGUACGCUGCUUGUGUAGAUCAGUCUGCAAACAAUUUACAAAAAACCGCCUCCGUUUAUUUGUUUUCGCAGGAGUGUGACGGACCGGACCAACUGCUGGACUACCCAGUUGUUUGCCUCAACGUAUGGACAGGAGUGGAUGACCGUCAAACGGUAAGCAUGGAUUGGAAAUUCGACAAUCAACCUGGCGUUGACCCAGCAGCAGCAGCAGCAGCAGCAGCAGCAGCAGCAGCAGCAGCAGCAGCAGCAGCAGCAGCAGCAGCAGCAGCAGCAGCAGCAGCAGCAGCAGCAGCAGCAGUAA